AGAGACGAGCGGUCGGGGCGCGCGCUGCUGUCAGUCCUGUGCGCUGCGCUCGCGCUGUCACCGUCAGGCUUUGAUCGAUGCCGUGACUUCACACCGCCGCGUUUCACUUUAGAAUCAAAACGGACUCUAUAGUGUGUUUAGUAGCUUAAUCCACUUUCCCUUUCUUUUGAAUCCUAAAACAGUUUUGUGAUCAUUUUCCAUUAAAAAAAAAGUUCACUCUGAGAGAUCAUGGCCACGUCGGUUCCCUUGCUUCCAUCAGCGCCGCUCGCGCAUCACGCGCCUCCUCCGAUUUCCAUCUCCGCUUCGGCCGGUGGCGGCUCCUCCAGCCCGGCGAGUCUGUCUCCAUCACCGUCAUCGCUCGCUCCCUCGGCGGCUUCGAGCCUCUUCCGCUCGGACCUGCUGCCCUCUGCGAGUCCGGCUCUCCCGGUGGGCAGCGCGCCGCACAAGCCCGCGUAUGCCACGCCGUCUCCGGUGGAGAGCACGCCGCGCAACAACGAGUGUCGCCUGGUGGAGGUGCGCGGCGCGCGCCUCGCCUCGUUCACCGUGGACGGCCGGGAGCUCAUCUGCCUCCCGCAGGCGUUUGACCUCUUCCUGAAGCACCUGGUUGGCGGUUUGCACACCGUGUACACCAAGCUCAAGCGGCUGGAGAUCACUCCGGUGGUGUGCAACGUGGAGCAGGUGCGCGUGUUGCGCGGGCUCGGCGCCAUCCAGCCCGGUGUGAACCGCUGCAAGCUCAUCUCGCGCAGAGACUUCGAGGUGCUCUACAACGACUGCACCAACGCCGGCUCCAGACCUGGCCGACCUCCGAAAAGGACUCAGAGUGUGACGUCCCCCGAGAGUCCACACAUCCUGCCCCACUCCGUCUCUGGACUCAUGUCCUCAGGAAUCAUGUCUCACACAGGUCUGACAGCUGCUACUUUAGCCGAGGCCAUGAAGAAGAAGAUUAAACUGGAGGUUUUGAACAGUUACCACGGUACUAACAACCACGGUGCAGACCCUGAGAACGGAGACGUCAGCUCAGGCAUGGCAGGUUUGGAGCUGCCGUUCAUGAUGAUGUCACACCCUCUGAUUCCUGUAAGCCUGCCCCCAGCCUCAGUUACCAUGGCGAUGAAUCAGAUGAACCACCUGAGCACCAUCGCCAGCAUGGCCGCCACUGCUCAGGUGCAGAACGACUCGAGCCGCGUGGCCACCUCCGUCAUUAAGGAGCGAGUGCGAGACAGUCCAUCCCCAUCUCCCUCUCUGGAGGACGGCCGCAGGUCAGGGAGCCACGUAUCCUCCAGGCAGAGCAGCAGUGUGUCCAGUUCUCCUGCUCACACCGAGAGCUCGUCUGAUCGGCCGCCUGUGCAUCAGAAUGGCCUUUCCUUGGGUCACGCUCUGUUAGGCCUGUCUCCGAACGCACCCCCAGGACCAAAAGAGGGGGAUCUGGCAACCCAAGACGCUGGCCACGACUCAAGGAGGACGCAUGCAGAAAAGGAAGAGAGCGUACUGUGCACGCCCACAUCUCGCGAGACCUACGAGAGAGUUUCUCACACCAUCCCCACGCUUCCUCCAGGCUUCCCUGCACCGCUGCUCUUCCCUGAGGGCCUGUCUUCCAUAGAAACACUCCUCACUAACAUCCAGGGUCUGCUGAAGGUGGCUAUAGAUAACGCCCGGGCGCAGGAGAAGCAGGUGCAGUUGGAGAAGACGGAGCUGAAGAUGGAGCUUUAUCGGGAGAGGGAACUACGUGAGACACUGGAGAGACAGCUCUGCGUGGAGCAGAAAAACCGAGCCCUCAUCCAGAAGCGACUGAAGAAAGAGAAAAAGACAAAACGGAAGCUCCAGGAAGCUCUCGAAUAUGAGUCCAAGCGACGUGACCAGGCUGAGCAGACGCUGCAGCAGACGACAGCCAGUGAGCACGCUCACACUCCAAACGAGCCUCCUGCUCCGGAAAUGGAGACCGACCUGAGCAGGGACAGAACAGACGCAGACAGGACGAUACCAGAUGGACGGCUCUUUCUCAAGACUGCGGUGAUGUUCUGAAGAAACAGAGCGAGAGAACAUGUAAAUCAGUGCGGAGUCGGAGGAAGCAGAAGUGCGAAUAAUCACAAACUAUCGAUUGUAUCGGAGGACUAGAGACAUUUCAAGGACCCCAAAGGGUCGGUGUCUACAAAUUACUGCGAGGAGACUGUCACACGCAUUGGAAAUCAAUGCUUUCAUUGUGCCUCUCUGUGAAGUCGAGGCACCUUUUUCUUAUCACAGAGGCUAAAAACACACCAUGUGGACCUUCACAACAUUUUUUUCUAGGAUAUUUAAACCACUCACACUUUACUGACCAUGAAAAAAAUAUUUCAGAGCUUCUCUUUUAUAGCCCUGACAUGUUUAACUAUCUAUAAAGCACUAUUUCCAUCGGGGGGAAGAGUCUGAUGAGUUGAGUUUAUUCAUCGUUUAUUGAAUAUCUACAUGACAUUUAAUGUGUUUUCGUGUAGCUGUCUUGUUAUUCCCAAAAGAAAGAUUGUCCAUGUUUUUUGUUUUUUGUCAUUAUUAUAUGUUUGAUGAUUAUAGCAGGUAUUCUCAAACGAAAAAAAAAAAAUCAUGAAACAUGGAACGUGUACAUAAAAGUGUAGAGAUAAUAUUGUGCAUUGUAUGUCGUAGCGCUGUUAGGAAAUCAAUACAAACCUCUUUAAUGAAA